CCUACCUCCUUUUAAGUCUUUCUUCAGCAGCUGGUAGUGAGUGGUCUUUCCUUUGUUUACAGUGCUUACUGCUAACCUAACCAUGGGAUCCGACUGAACGUAAUCGGGUCCGCAUUUAUGAACUGUGACCCCUGCCUGACCUGUGACAAGUCACAUCAUCCUCAGAGAGUGGCACCAGCAUGGCAGGGCUGGCGUUGGAGUGGAGGGGCUGACAUCAUGCUCUCACCCUCCUGACACAUUUUUAGAAAGCCCUAAAUACUAGAAGGAGAGAGGGAGGAAAAGCCUUAGAGGGAGACAGACAGUCCUUGACAGUGGAGAGAGAGAGAGAGACAGAGAGAGAGAGACAGACAGAGAGAGAUAGAGAGAGACAGAGAAGAAGGGAGGAGAGGAGAGACAUUAAGCCUCAUCAAAAGAAACAACAGUUCUCUUUCACAAUAAAUCUCAUCGACUUACCAUGCCAGCAAAUACUCAUUGAAUGGAAUUGAGACCACAAAACUCACAUCAGUCUUUUCAAUCUCUCCUCUUCCCUGGUUGUUGUUCUAGGCCCAAAUUACAAUAUGUUCUCAGUCAACUUACCUGGUAACAUAAGGGUUGGAUAAAUUACAUCAGUCAACUUACCUGGUAACAUAAGGGUUGGAUAAAUAACACCAGUCAACUUACCUGGUAACAUAAGGGUUGGAUAAAUACCAUCAGUCAACUUACCUGGUAACAUAAGGGUUAGAUAAAUAACACCAGUCAACUUACCUGGUAACAUAAGGGUUGGAUAACUAACACCAGUCAACUUACCUGGUAACAUAAGGGUUGGAUAACUAACACCAGUCAAGUUACCUGGUAACAUAAGGGUUGGAUAACUAACACCAGUCAAGUUACCUGGUAACAUAAGGGUUGGAUAAAUAACACCAGUCAACUUACCUGGUAACAUAAGGGUUAGAUAAAUAACACCAGUCAACUUACCUGGUAACAUAAGGGUUAGAUAAAUAACAUCAGUCAACUUACCUGGUAACAUAAGGGUUGGAUAAAUAACACCAGUCAACUUACCUGGUAACAUAAGGGUUGGAUAAAUAACAUCAGUCAACUUACCUGGUAACAUAAGGGUUAGAUAAAUUACAUCAGUCAACUUACCUGGUAACAUAAGGGUUGGAUAAAUAACAUCAGUCAACUUACCUGGUAACAUAAGGGUUAGAUAAAUAACAUCAGUCAACUUACCUGGUAACAUAAGGGUUGGAUAAAUAACAUCAGUCAAGUUACCUGGUAACAUAAGGGUUGGAUAAAUAACAUCAGUCAACUUACCUGGUAACAUAAGGGUUAGAUAAAUAACAUCAGUCAACUUACCUGGUAACAUAAGGGUUAGAUAAAUAACAUCAGUCAACUUACCUGGUAACAUAAGGGUUGGAUAAAUAACAUCAGUCAACAAUAACAGAACAACGGGUCAAAACAAUGUUCAGACAGACGGACACCUCGUCCAAGAGACGUCAUGGAGGACAUGGGGGUCUCACAACCUUACCCUCGCCUCCUCACCCCCACCAGGGUGGGCGUAUCCGGGGGGUGGAGGUGGCCCGCGGGAGGGCAGGCUAUGGGUUCACCCUCUCUGGCCAGGGCCCCUGUGUCCUCAACUGCAUUCUAAAAGGAAGUCCGGCGGACUACGUGGGUCUCCGCUCCGGUGACCACAUCCUGUCGGUGAACGACAUAAACGUCUCCAAGGCUUCGCACGAGGACGUCGUCAAGCUGAUUGGCCGAUGCACGGGGGUUCUGCACCUGGUCGUCGCCGAGGGAGACCGGGGAGGCCGUCGUCACGGACACGGUGGUACCAACCGCAACCGUCGCCACGGAAACAAUUCAGGAAGUCCAGCCGGAGGAGCGGCAGUCGCCGCGGACUCGUGCUCCAGCGACGAGGAGUUGUGUGGUUUCCAUAACAACAGCAGCGGAGGCGGAAACAACAAAAACGUGAAGCCGGGUUCUCGUGGUAACGGCGGCGGCGGUGGAGGAGGAGGAGGAGGAGGAGGAGGUGGUUGGUUCAAGCCCAAGCUGGACUCUAAGACCCUGGGUAUUAACAGGGCAGAGAGGGUGGUGGCGGAGAUGCAGUCUGGAGGAAUAUUCAACAUGAUCUUCGACAACUCUUCACACUCCUCCAGCAGUUCAGAGAAAGACAGGGUCAUCGCUCCUCCUCCUCCUCCCCGUGUCUCCUCUUCCUCGUCUGCGUCGGCCAAGCCUGCGAGGCCCCUGUCAGAGCCAGAGUUCCCCCCGUACCAUAAGGGCCGGGGCCGGUCCCACAGCAACCCCAACCUGCUCUCUGAGGAGGAGAUGGACAGGGUUCUAAUGGCCGACGACUCAGUGUUCCUGGACGGGUUCCAUCUGCAGGAGGCAGAGCUCCAGGUGGAGGUGGAAGGGGAGGACUUCUGCCUGGAGCCCAGUGAGGGUAUCCUGAACGUGGGUAUGAUGGUAGGGUACCUGGGCUCCAUAGAGCUGGCCUCCACAGGAGCUAGUCUGGAGAGUGACAGUCUGCAGGCCAUCAGAGGAAGCAUGAGACGACUCAGGGCUGAACAGAAGAUACACUCCCUGGUCCUCAUGAAGGUGAUGCACGAUUGUGUGCGGCUGUGCAGCGACAGGAGACAGGUCCUUGCUACCUACCCCGCCGAGAAGCUAGCCUUCAGCGCCUGUUGCCCCGACGACCGACGCUUCUUCGGACUGGUCACCAUGCAGGCCACCCAUGACGACGACGGUCACUAUGGCAAUGGUAACCGGGAGGAAGAGGGCGGGCUGAGGACUUCCUGUCACGUGUUCAUAGUCGACCCGGAACUCUGUCAUCACCAGGUCCAUGUGGGUGUGGCCAGGAGGUUUGGGUUUGAGUGUACUCCUGAUCCUGAUACUGGAGGGUGUCUGGAGUUCCCUUCUACCUCCCAGCCUCUGCUCCAGUUUGUGUCUGUCCUCUACCGGGACAUGGGGGAGAACAUUGAGGGGGUCCGGGCGCGGGCGUUCGUUGAUCCGGACAACGACCCACAGCAGAACCACAGCACCAGUAGCAACAGCGACAGCGGCAUCGGUAACUUCCUGCCAGAAGAGAAGAGUAACCGUGUCUUAUUGGUCGACCUGGGAGGCCAUAAUCACAACCCCGGUCCACGCCACUGGGACAGCCCUCCUCCUCCCUCGGCCCCGGGCUGGAACCAAGUCCCUCCCGGUGUCGUCCCUGGCCCCCCUCUACCCCCUCCUCCUCCUCCUCCUCCUCACCACAACAACAGCUACCGCCACGACCCCCCCCCUGCCAUCCCCCCUCGAGGGGCCCACUCCUCCCACCCCUCACUCCACCACUACCCGCCAGGGAAGAGGGGAGGUAAGGGGGGAGGAUCUGGAGGAGGAGCGGAGCAGAGCCUGGCCCAGCACCAUCAGUCUCAACGCUGGUUACCAGUCCAUGUCCUGAGAGACUGGAGACAACCAGGCCAGGCAGGACAAACACCGGGACAAGCAGGGCUGUGUAGUGAUCAGGAGUCCUAUGCUGAGUCAACGGAUGGUUGGUCAUCGGCUAACUGUAGCACCCUCCCUCCACCCAUGAACAAGAUACCUGCGGAUCGCUACAGGGCUCCACUACCAGCCGGGGACCUGCCCCUGCCUCCACAGCCUCCCAGGCUGGCCACGCAGAAGGAUGAGUGGGCUAAGAAGCUGUUUGGGGCCGCGGCCGGAGAGAAAGGACUCAGAGAGCCCAAGCAGAACGGGAAGAGACGUGGAAAUGGGAAAGACGGGGAGAAAAAGGCUGGUCGGUUUAGAGGUCUGACUAAGGGCUUCCCUCCUCUACCUCAGCGUUCCUCAGGAAGGCGAUCCUUCGGCCGCUCCAAACGCAUCAGCCUGGCACGCUCACUGGAUGACCUGGAGAAAACCCUGAACUGUGAGGGAGCUACGGAAGGAUCUGCCGUGGUCUCUGAUGGAGAGCUGAACAGUGGAGACCUACAUGGCUGUGGUAGUGACAACAGUCUGAACAGUAAUGCCAGUCUACCUAGUGUCCAGUGCCAUCGACGUCACACAGAGAGACGGGUGGCCAGCUGGGCGGUCUGCUUUGAGAGACUGCUGCAGGACCCGGUCGGAGUCCGAUACUUCUCAGAGUUCCUGAAGAAGGAGUUUAGUGAGGAGAAUAUUGUGUUCUGGCAGGCCUGUGAGUUCUUCAGCCAUGUCCCCGACAACGACAAGAAACAGUUAUCCCAGAGAGCUAGAGAAAUCUAUAACAGUUAUUUAUCCAGUAAGGCCACUACGCCGGUCAACAUUGACAGUCAGGCCCAGCUGGCAGACGAUAUUCUCAACGCUCCCAGACCAGACAUGUUUAAGGAGCAACAACUACAGAUCUUCAACCUGAUGAAGUUUGACAGCUAUACUCGCUUCCUGAAGUCCCUGCUGUAUCAGGAAUGUAUGUUAGCGGAGGUGGAGGGGAGGCCUCUACCAGACCCCUACCAUAUACCCAGCUCUCCGACCUCCAAACACAGUACCGGGUCAGAUAGAUCCACACCCAAGAAGGAGAACAAGAAGACUAAGUCGGGCCGCUCUCUGAGCGAAGAGAGGGGGGGGGAUGAGUGCGGAGGAGAUAAGAAGAAAGGCAUGUUCUUUGCGUGGUCACGGAACCGGAGCUUCGGGAAAGGACCCAAGAAACGGGAUCUGGCCGACAUCAACUACA